AACCUACCCCUGGACAGGGGUCUCGGGCAACAGGCGGCAACCUACCCCUGGACUGGGGUCUCGGGCAACAGGCAGGCAACCUACCCCUGGACUGGGGUCUCGGGCAACAGACGGGCAACCUACCCCUGGACAGGGGUCUUGGGCAACAGGCGGCAAUCUACCCCUGGGCAGGGGUCUCGGGCAACAGGCGGGCAACUUACCCCUGGACAGGGGUCUCGGGCAACAGGCAGCAAUCUACCCCUAGGCAGGGGUCUCGGGCAACAGGCGGGCAACCUACCCCUGGACUGGGGUCUCGGGCAACAGGCAGGCAACUCACCCCUCAGCUGGAGGGUCUCAGGUAGGGUCAGGCGGUCUCCCCUUAGCUUGGGGGGUCUCAGGUAGCUGGCAGGCAGUGUCCCCUCAGCCGGAGGGUCUCGGGUAGGGUCAGGCAGUCU